AGUUAUCUUCACCCAACACAGCGAUGUGGGUGUAAUAAUUCGUCCAUCCAUUGCAAUCCGUCACUCCGUUUCGAUCAACCGAUAGCAGGAUGGAGAGUUCGUACGGUGUCGGCGUAAAGAAUCGUUUCGACCUUUUCAUCGACGACGAAAACGAUCCUCUCGACGUGAUGGCGGAAACAGAAAGACGAAAAGAGGAUAGCAAAGACGUGAAGAAGGAGACGAAACCGGUAAAGAAAACAGUCGAGAAGAAAACAGUAGAAAACGUGAAAUCAAGUCCAAAGAGCGAAACAAGUGGAAGAAAAGAAGGUGAUCAAGGAGAGAAGAAAACGGGCAAGGCUGAUCGGGAGCGGCGUGGGCCACCAUCUGGUUCAUCCGAUGAUCGCGAUCGCAAUAGUACAGCACCUCGUUACGCCAACAACAAUAACAACAAUGAACGACGAAAAGUGACGUUCAGUGACUCUUCGAAGUCGUCAAGUACGGAAACGAAGGGCGAAGAUAGAGACCAACCUGGACAGUCGUUUCGUGGACGUGGACGAGGGGGACGAGGAGGACGAGGGAUGGGAAGAGUUAGGAGAGAAUAUGAAGGCAGAAUUAGAAGAGAUUUUGAAGGCAGAGGAAAGAGAGAGUUUGAUAGACGCAGUGGAUCAGACAAGAGUACUUACCGUGGACCAAAUGAGAAACGUGACGGUGGAGGAUCUCAUAAUUGGGGAAGCAUGGCAGAUGAUUCUGGUCAAGAGGCGGAGGUGUUUGAUGAGGUGACAGGAAGCAAACAAGAGAAGACGACUACUGAUUGGGCUGCUUCUGAUGACACAGAGAAAAAGGAAGCAUCUGAGGAGAACGUUGAAGAAACAAAUGAAGGUGGUGAGGAGUCUGCUGCUAAUGAGGAAAAUGCCAAGCAGAUGACUCUUGAUGAGUACAAGGCUGAACAGGAAAAACUAAAGACCAAAGCUCACUUUAAACUACGGAAACCAAGUGAAGGCGAAGACUCAAAGAAGUGGGCAAAGGCUGUUCCUAUUCAAAGAAGUGACGAUUUUGAGACCGAGUAUGCAAAAAUGGACGACGGAGACAAAGGACACAAGUCAGGCAGAGUGAAAGAGACAGUGUCUAAUAUACGUAUUCGUUUCAACGACCCUCCCACAACUCGUGGACGCGGACGUGGACGCGGUGAAAGUGACUCCCGAGGCGGUCGGGGUAGUGGACGAGGUCGUGGUGGCAGUGGCUACUACACUCGUAGACAGAACUCAAGUGAGAAGAGCCAAGCAGACACAACUCCAAAUUUUGAGAAUCAGGAGGAUUUCCCGGCCCUUGGUGGCAACUAAAACUCAACGAAAAAAAGUUGUUAAUAAUGACAUUAGAUUCACAAUGGGCACACGGUUGGGUGCUUUUCAUCUCAUCGGAAUGAACAAGUAGUUUGCUUGUUUGUAUUCGCUGCUGCUGUAAUGAGUAAAGAAGACAGUGAAUAGUGGUCGGUGGGUAGAGCUAUGGGCUUCAAUAGAUGUCGAUUGAAAUGUA